AUGGCAAGGAUUUUCACCAAUAAUGAAUUGGAAGCAAACACUAGUAAAAUUGUCGGAACACGUGGUUACAUGCCUCCUGAGUCCAUGGAAGGAAUUGUUUCCGUAAAAUCUGAUGUCUACGGUUUCGGGGUGUUGAUGCUUGAAAUCAUAAGUGGGAGGAGAAACAACAGCUUCUACAACGAUGAUCGCGCUCUCAGUUUAGUAGGAUACGCAUGGGAGUUAUGGAAAGAAGGUGCAGGACUAGAAUUAAUGGAUCCAACGGUAGGUGAUUCAUGUAUUAACGAUCAAGUGUUAAGAUGCAUCCAUGUUGGUCUGUUAUGUGUAGAGGAAGAUGCAGCAGAUCGCCCCACCAUGAAAUUGGUGGAGGCUGGUGUAGGUGGAAAGCAACCUGAAAUUGCAUCAGUGAAUGACUUGUCGAAUUCCGAUUUUGAUGCACGUUGA